AUGAAAAGAGAAGAAGCCUGUAAAGUUCUUCAGGAGCCAUUACAAAAACUAAUUUAUUCUUCGUCAUCAAGUCAUACCAUCAACAAUAAUAAAUUUAUUGUACAUUCAAUCAUAUUUGAAAUAUGGCAACUUUAUCUUAAUCCAGAAGGUGUUUAUCAACACAGAGAAUUAAAUUUAGAUGUUAUCUUUCAAUUGAAUUCUGAGCUUUAUACAAAACUUAUUGAAUUGUUGGAAUUAGAUCAGGAACUAAUUAGAACCUUAUAUAUGAUUCCACUUUCCAGUAAUCCAAUGUAUGGAAUUAAACAUGUAAUAAUACCAUCACUUAAUGUUUCAAAUAGUCUUAAUGAUGAUAAAAAACACGAUUUAAUUGAUUUUAUUCAAAAUUUAUUAUCAUACCAUUAUAAUGAUAUCAUUGAAGAUUUACAAUUAGAUGCAAAUAGGAAGAAACAAAACAAUUAUAAAACAUUAAACUUACUUAUAAAUUUCAUUGAUGAGAUAGCAUUUCCUUUCAAAGAAGAUUAUGAUGAGUAUCAAUCAACUCAACUAAGAUUGGCAAAAUCCUUUAUCACUCAAAAUGUUGUAAUAAAUCUCAAAUCAUCAGGUAAAUGUUCAUCUAAAUUUUUGGAAUAUAUUGAUCAAUAUGAUCUUGAAAAAUAUAAUAUUUCUACAAGAUCCCAGAAAAGUUAUUCAAAAGAAAUAUCAACUAGGCUAGCAAAAUGGUAA